GUAAUUUUCGGAAGGUGACAUGACACAAGCUCAAGCUUAUUUGAGACAGGACUUUUGAGUAAAGGGGAGUAAGAGGGGAAAAGUGUGUAAAAGUGUUCUGUGGUGGGGAACCUCUGUCCGUUUGGAAAGUCAACCAUUAGACCUUUAAAUAGUAGUAGUUCAUUUUUCAUACUUGUUUUUGACAUUUAGCAGAGACAGACAGGACAGUGUAACUGUGCAGACAAUUUAUAUUGACAUUGACGUAUUGGGGCUUAUUAUUAAAUAUUUUAUACACAAUAUUUUAUUUUACUUUUAGUAUUUAGUUUUGCCUACAAUUGUUAAUUAGUUUCUAGUACAUACUUAAUUAGGUUUUAUUAUUUUUAUAUUAAUCAUUGACUUUGAUUGCCUGUUGCAUAUAAUUGGAUCACUAUAUCGAUAUUCCUAAUAUAUGCAGCUAGCUAUUGAAAUAUAAGCAGAUAAUACUUAAGGCCACCUCAUCUUGUAUUCUGCCUUUACCAACAUUAUCUCCGGAAGUACACACUAUACACGAAGCUUUCGAAGUCAUGAACACAACUGAGUACGUCCAAAUCAAAGAGCUGAAGUCGGGCAUGAAGAACAUAAACGCGAUUUUCAUAGUUCUGGAGGUGAGCGCACCCACGCUGACGAAGGAAGCGCGCGAGGUGCGCACGCUGCGCGUGGCGGACGCGUCUGCCAGCGUGCACCUGUCGGUGUGGGACGAGGCGGGCGCACUGCUGCAGCCUGGCGACAUUGUGCGGCUGACGCGCGGCUACGCGGCCCUGUGGCGGCACGCGCUGACACUGUACGCCGGCAAGUCGGGCGACAUCCAGAAGGUGGGCGAGUUCUGCAUGUUGUUCAACGAGCAGGUCAACAUGAGUGAGCCGCAGCCGCCGCCGCCUGGAGCAGCGCCCGCGCACAACAACCACGCGGGCCGCGUGCCCUCCGCCACCGCACAGCCCGCUGCUGCCGCGGGUGCCCCACAUCAAGGGCCACCCAAAAAUGAACGGUUCAACCAAAACCGGCAAGAGGAGGGCGGCAAACACCAACACAAGACUUAUGUGCGAGGUCGGGGUCAACAGAGAGGCAAUGGCCGACGGUAGUUGCCUCCACUCUUUGAUACACAGUGGCCAAACAUGGGACUCUAGAAAAUAAAACUAUGAAAAAGAAUGAUGGUCAGGUCAGGAACAUUAUAUCAAAUCAUUGUACAUAAUAUUUAUUAUAUUAAUGUGAACACCUGUCUCAUGAAAUUAUGUUCUUUUGAAUUUUGAAUCUUUCUAAUAUAUCUAAUUGAGGAAUCCAAUCCAUAUCAUAUUAUGUAAAUAUGUCAUGAAUAGAGUAACUGUAUAUAUCAUCAUAUCAUAUAACAUGUAGUAGGUAGUUAAAUUAAUAGCAUAAAAUGUAUUGAACAAUAAAUAUCUAGAUAUAAGUAUUAUAAUAUGUACCCUAUCAUCAUAAAUAACUUUGUAUGUUGUAUGUACAUACAGUGAACAAAAAAAUGUAUUCCAUAUUUCAAUUAAAAUUCUGUAUCUUUACACCCUUUCCUUUCCACAAGACUAGAAUACAAUUUUUAAAUACAGCGAUUAAAUACUCUGAUUUUAAAUAGGAUAGUAGCCCAUGAUAACCUAUAAUACAUUAACAACCCAUGUUAUUUGUUAAUGUAUAAUUAUUGUAUAUAAAGUACUCUUUUAUGCUUCAGUAAUUAUGACAUUACAUAUUGUUAAUAAAAUUCAGGCUGUGAGAAGCUAACAUUUUCUCAAUAAUUUAGUUCAGGAAUAAAACAAUCACUUGUAUGACCCUUUUAAAACUAAAGCGACCUAUUCUAUACAUUCUUGACAACAAGGCAACAAUACAAUGACAUUAUACCAUCUUUCAUAUAAUAUAAUACCUACUAUAUCAAAUGUACACUCCAGGAGGCUGUGUUGUGCAGUGGUACAUCACUCAACCUUACACUAUUUUUUAUUCUGUUCUUUAAGACUACUUGACACAGACAAACGAAACAUUCAAAGUUUGUGUCUGUCUAGAAUUAGAUACCCAUCCCUAGGACAGUUAAAUUUUCUUGAACCUCAUUGAAGUUAAAACAAUGCUUAAUUAAUAAUUUCUGUAAUAACAAUUAAUACACACUAAACCGUUGGGUACCCAGUACCAUGUUCAACUGCACAUGCUAGUGUUGACUUACAUAAUAUUAUUUCUUUCUUUUUAUUCUUAAUUUCCUGAAUAUUUACAGUAAUUGUUAACUAUAUUAUAAUUUGUGGGCAAUCGAGGCCCUUAUAUAUUAUGUAUUAGGAUAAGAAUUUUUUUUUGUACAUCACUGUUGCCAAAAUAAAAUAUGUUUAAGGCCUGGGAAGAGCCUCUAAAUGUG